AUGAACUGGAAAUGGGUUAAGAGUGUGCAAAAGGUUCUACGUGGUAAACAGAACGACGCCACCGUCAUCAUAUUGCUUGGUCCAACAGGAUCGGGCAGGUCAUCGUUUAUAAACGCGGCGAUAGGCGAAGACAGGCUAAAAUGCGUGGGGAUGCCCGACAAUUCACUGGCUCCAGUAACGACCGACGUCGAGUCUGUCCAUUUUAUGAGGGGUCGGAAGGAGUACAUCUUUAUCGACACGCCUGGCCUAGACCUUCAAGAAAACACGGCGGAGCUGAUAGACAAAGCGUACAAGAUAGCCCCAAAGCAAGCGGAUGUCCUGGUAUACUUGCACCGUUUGAGUGACCCCCGUGUCACGGUACGUCCGGAGGAAUACGUCCGGAUCCUCAAGCUGCUAGGAGGGAGCGGGUGGCCAAAAAGGACUAUCGUCGCCACUACUAUGUCGGCGAUGGUGGAUGAGGAAACGGCAACCGAGAGGGAAGUACAGCUACGGGACAAUUUGUUGAAGAACAUGAUAGCGGGUGGAACGCGCUUGGAUAGAUUCUUCGGAACGAAGGAGGAUGCAUGGCGGAUCGUCGACAUGGUGAUUAAUUCGGAGUGA